ACAUCCUUCACACAACAUGAUUAAAGAUGAGGAAUUUGCAAUGACUACCCUGUUAUUAGCAAUGUGAUUUUGUUAAGAUUGAAAAUUCAAGUCAGGACCUCACACCCUUUAUUCUGGUUUUAUUCGUGAAAUAUUUUGGUGUGUGAGACGUAAAAGAGAAAUAAUAAAAACAAUCAGCUUUCCACUAAAUCAGUCAUUUCCAAGUAAACGUGUGUGAAGAGGGGGUGGCAAAAAGAGAGCCUUCUUGUUAUCCUCCUAAUUCUCAUCUCCACACUCCUUAAAAUCAUUAACAAUUCAUCAAUUUCAUUCACACCCCUGUUAAUCUAACCAAACACACAUCUUAAAUAAUAGUUUGUUGCAAGAAAAAAUAAGGGUAAAAAAAAGAAGAGUAGCUAACUUUGCAAACCUACCAUUUCUCAUCAAAAGAGCUUCAUCUAACCUUGCAUCCUUUUUUACUAAUUUUCACCUGUGCAACAAUGGAGGCUUUCUCUCUGAAUUCCUCCAUCUCCUAUGGAGUUAAAGCUUCCAACUUCAACCACAGGCGGCUUUCAACACGCAGUCCAAGAAGCAUGGUCUGCUGCCAAACUGGUAGCCAUGCCAUCAAGUCUACUGGGAUCUCUUCGGUUCUCACAGAGACGUCGUCAGCUUUGAUCAGCCAAGAUCAUGGGCCUACGUUGAUGGAAACCGGGAGCCUAGUCUUGAGCCCCAAUGGCAAGGAUGAAGGUAUUGGCAUUGUCAAAUUUCUAAGAGGGAAGACCUUCCUCAUCACUGGUGCAACUGGAUUUCUUGGCAAAGUUCUCAUCGAGAAAAUGCUGCGAACGGCUCCUGAUGUUCAUAAGAUAUUUGUUCUGAUCAAGGCCAAGAGCAAAGAAGCUGGAGCAGAGAGAUUGAAAAACGAAAUCAUCAACGCCGAGCUGUUCAAGAAUUUGAAACAAAUUCAUGGAAAAUCAUAUCAAGCUUUCAUGUUGAGUAAGUUAAUUCCGGUGGUUGGGAAUGUAUGUGAAACUAAUCUCGGAUUAGACGAAGAUGCAGCUGAGUUCAUGACCAGAGAGGUUGAUGUAAUCAUAAAUUCUGCAGCAAAUACCACUUUUGAUGAAAGGUAUGAUACAGCCCUUGACAUAAACACAUGCGGCCCGACUCGACUCAUGAGCUUUGCGAAACAAUGCCUGAAACUGAAGCUCUUCGUACAAGUAUCGACAGCUUAUGUAAAUGGACAAAGGCAAGGCAGAAUCAUGGAAAAGUCUUUCUGCAUAGGUGAAACUAUAGCAGGUGAAACCGUUAACGGAAACCAUCAAAUAUUACUUCCCAAAUUGAGCGUAGAAGAUGAAAUAAAGAUAGUUGUGGAAGCAAAGAAAACUCUUGGAAAUGAUUCACUGCUUCAGGCAAUGAAAGAAUUAGGACUGCAGAGGGCUAAGAAAUUCGGAUGGCAAGAUACGUACGUAUUCACAAAGGCUAUGGGAGAAAUGAUGAUAGAUAAUUUAAGGGGUGAUGUACCAGUAGUUGUGAUUAGACCCAGUGUCAUCGAGAGCACGCACAAAGAACCAUUCCCUGGAUGGAUGGAAGGAAACAGAAUGAUGGAUCCGAUCAUAUUGCAAUACGGAAAGGGGCAGCUCACAGGAUUCCUUGUUGACCCCAAUGGAGUUCUUGAUGUAGUUCCAGCGGAUAUGGUUGUUAACGCGACCUUAGCAGCAAUGGCGAAGCAUGGGGAAGUUGGGAAACCAGAGUGUAGCAUCUAUCAGGUUGCAUCGUCUGUUGUCAACCCAUUAGUUUUCCGGGACCUAGCCAAACUGCUCCACGAGCACUUCAGUUCCUCACCCGUCAUGGAUUCCACUGGGACUCCAGUUCAUGUUCCAAAAAUGAAGCUAUUCAGCUCUAUGGACGAUUUCUCUGACCACUUGUGGAAGGAUGCAAUCAAUAGAACUGGAUUAGGAGCUCUGACCAAUAUUGAGGGGAAGUUGUCCCAAAAGCUUGUAUUCAUGUGCAGAAAAUCAGUGGAACAAGCAAAGUAUCUAGCAAGUAUCUAUGAAUCAUACACAUUCUACGGCGGAAGGUUCGACAACAGAAAUACCCAAAGAUUGAUGGGAUGCAUGUCGAAGGAAGAGAGACAACAGUUUGGAUUUGAAGUCGAAAACAUCAACUGGAAAGACUACAUCAUUAACGUGCACAUUCCGGGGUUAAGGAGGCAUGUCAUGAAGGGAAGAGGCAACAGCUAAUGCAGCUUCCGUCGAACAAAAGACUUAUCAUUAAUUUCUGUAGCCAACUGUAAAAGAGUGUUUUCUUUUUCUCUAUUUCUAUUCAUGUUUUAUGCAAUAUCCACAAAGAGGAGGCCAGCAAUUUGCCAGUUCAUAAAAUAUUUAUAGAACAGUCGCACAUCCGUCUAGGAUAAAUUGUACUAAUACAUGCUUCAGUUUCUGCAUUUCUGCCAAGACAAUGGAAUAAUCACUGUUUUACAAGAUCAA